GUUGCAAAUGAAUCACACGCUUCCUUUUUUUGGCUGAAUCAAAAUUAAGCACGUUAAAUAAAUAAGCCAUGGCACAGCUCGGAAAGCCAUUGAUAGUUUCUCUUUAAAAUAGUCUCCAUCCUUUUCCUUAUGCCAAUAAGCUAUCAUUGAUUCAUUUUGCAUUGCCACUAUUUCUCUUUCCAAUAUAAACAGCCAUAGUACUUUUUAAUGCUCCAAAAAACUGCUCGUUUUGGUUGAACUUGGUGUCAUCAUGGAAGAUACAGAGAGCAGCAGUAGCAGAGUCUUGGAUUUUACACGGACUCAGAGUCAGAGUCAGAGUCAGAGUCGAUUCAGCAGAGAGCAGGGGCAGAAGAUAGUUGUGUACAAUGAAGUCCUUCACCAACUUAAGCACUUGAACGAAGCAGAGACCAAUCAUCCUGAUUUUGAAGAUGAACUCUGGGCACAUUUUCAUGGCCUCCCUGCUCGGUAUGCUGUGGAUAUGAAUGCCGAGAGGGCACAAGAUGUUCUUAUGCACAAAAGAUUACUGAAGAUGGCACGCAACCCUUCUAUUAGACAUGCAAUUGAUGUCCGUCUUGUGCAGGUUCAUUCUACUUCGGGUGGAAAUUGUAGUUCUUCUCGGCAUUCAAACUUUCAAAGAGAAGUGGAUGCUCAAUGUUCUGAUUAUCUCAGCAAACAUAGUGUUCAUCCACCACCUGCGUUUGGUCCAUCACCUGAUGUUGAACUCACUCUUGAAGUCAACCAAUUACAUGUUCAAGACAGGCAUGACAACGUGAAUGAUAAUCGUCUUUAUUCCCGGGCAACGUAUGAAAUUACAAUUUCAACAUACGACAAGCCCAAAAUUUUCAAUCAGUUGAGUUCCUUACUGUCUGAGAUUGGACUGAACAUUCAAGAAGCACAUGCUUUUUCCACUAUAGAUGGCUUCUUUUUGGAUGUUUUCCUUGUUGAUAGUUUAGCACACGAGGAGACUGAACAGCUUAAAAAUAAGCUGUUAAAGAAAAUACCAAGAAUUGAGAAGCAACCUUUGUUGACAUGUGACAGUGUUCCUUCUGCUGGGAAGCAAAACCAAAGUGGGAUCAAGUUUAUCUCUAACUAUGUAAAUCUACCCUCUAACGGAAUUGAUGUCAGAGAAAUUGACCCUAGCUCAUUGAUAUAUGAAAAGAAAAUUGUAUCUGUAUCAUUUUGCGACUUGUAUAAAGGUACUUUUUGUUAUCAAGAUGUGGCAAUCAAAGUUCUUAGGGCUGAACAUAUGAAUGAAAAUAUGCAGAGGGAAUUUACUCAAGAAGUCAUUAUGAUGAGGGAAAUCCAGCACAAGAAUGUUGUCCAAUUCAUCGGGGCAUGUACAAGACCUCCAAGCCUUUGUAUUGUCAUGGAGUACAUGUCUGGUGGAAGCAUACAUGACUUUCUGCAUAAACAAAAGAAUGUUUUCACACACCCAGACUUAAUCAGAGUAGCCAUUGAUGUUUCUAAGGGAAUGAAGUAUUUGCACCACAAUAAUAUAAUCCAUCGGGACUUGAAAGCUGCCAAUCUUUUGAUGGAUGGAAAUGGAGUUGUCAAGAUUAGUGAUUUUGGCAUUGCUAGAAUGCAAGCUCAAUCUGGUGUUAUGACUGCCGAAACUGGAACAUACCGUUGGAUGGCUCCAGAGGUUAUUGAACACAAACCAUAUGAUCACAAAGUUGAUGUUUUCAGCUUUGGAGUUCUACUGUGGGAGUUGCUUACAGGAAAGCUCCCGUAUGAGCAAUUGUCCCCAUUACAAGCAGCAGUUGGUGUGGUUCAGAAGGGUCUGAGGCCUAUAAUUCCAAAGCAGACUCCUCAAAAGCUUGGGGAAUUGCUUGAGAGAUGUUGGCAGCAAGAUCCAUCUUCAAGACCAGAAUUCUCAGAAAUUUUAGAAAUUUUGCAGCACAUGGCCAAGAGGGUUGCAGCAGAGGGAAUGGACCGGCAGAAGGGGAAAUCACCUAGAAGAGUAUCUGCUUUUGUACGGAGUGUCGAUUGAAGUGCAACUUGCAAGUGAGAAGGCUGUUUAUAACACAUGUAAUGAUGUAAUUAUAUUGUUUUGCUGAGUUCCUUUCACUUUGUUUUUUCUCCAUUUGGAACUUUCUUCUGUUAAUCUAAAUAAUGACUAGAUAGCCUGAACAGUUACUGAAUUUAGUAAUAAUCCAAACACUUCUUUCAGUA